GGCAAAAUUUCAUCUCCUUCCCUCGCCACGAGGAAGAGCAUCUCCAGAGGACUGUGAGCUGGCACCCUUGCCUCCUUAUUCUUGGCCAGAACUGCAACGCCAAGUGCCAGUUACUCAACCUGCUGCUGGGUGAGAAGCUGCUGCCCACCACCAAAAUCAGCCACGAGGAGAACUGCAAGAGGCGCCGCAUCCGUUUCACCCACGGGACCCAAACCCGGGUCAGCCUGGCACUGCCUGAGCAGUAUGAGCUGGUCCAUAUGAUGGCAGCCCACAGAGGGCACUGGGACACCAUACCCGAGGAGGACCUGGAGGUUGGUGGGGAUGGUGAAGAUCCUGCUCACCGGAUAGCAGAGCUGGAGGUCAUGCUGCCCUACUCACUGCUGAAGGAAGUAGAUGUUGUGGUAGCACCGUGUCGUGGGUUCCAAUCUGCUGAGGCCACCUUGGGAGAGUAUGUGAACCAGGUCUUGCCUGUUGUCAUCUUUGCCAUCAGCGAGGCUGAACUCUCCUCAUCAGACGAGAACGAACUGCGUGAAAUCAAAGAGAAAUUCUCUUUACCCAUUUUCUUCUUCAAAGUGCCAGAGCUGGGGGCUGACCUGAUCUCUCCCUUAAAAACUGAUAACGAAAAGUCUUCCCUCUACUGCCAGCUGAUGGACUUGGAGUACCUGAGCACCAACCACUGCAGCUGUGGGGCACCUGAUCCUGAGGCUGAUGCCCAGAGCAUGUUGGUGGAGCAGUUGGAGAAGCUCCGUCUCCUGAGCACUUUUUCCAGGCAGGUGCUUCAGAAGCACCUGGUGGAAGCAGCCACCAGUUUGAACGAGGUGCACUGUCGCUGCCUCAACAUCUUCAUCAACCAGGCUUUUGACAUGCAGAGGGACCUGCAGAUCACCCCCAAGAGGCUGGAGUACACCCGCAAGAAGGAGAACGAGCUCUACGAGUCUCUGAUGAACAUUGCCAACCGCAAGCAGGAGGAGAUGAAGGACAUGAUCGUGGAGACUCUCAGCAAUAUGAAAGAGGAGCUCCUGGAGGAUGCUGCUAAUAUGGAAUUCAAAGAUAUCAUCAUUCCUGAGAAUGGGGAACCCGUUAGUUCCAAGGACAUAAAAUGCUGCAUUAAGCAAAUUCAGGAACUGAUUAUUUCUCGACUGAACCAAGCAGUUGCCAACAAGCUCAUUAGCUCAGUGGACUAUCUGAGAGAGAGUUUUGUAGGGACUCUGGAGAGAUGUCUCAAGAGCCUGGAGGAGUCUUGGGAGGUUUCAGUGCAUCCUGCAAGGAGUUUGGAGAAGUCAAAGGAUGUUUCUGUACACAUCACAAGCAAUUAUCUCAAACAGAUACUAAAUGCAGCCUAUCAUGUUGAAGUCACUUUCCACUCUGGCUCAACAGUAACCAGGAUGCUGUGGGAGCAGAUCAAACAGAUAAUCCAGCGGAUCACGUGGGUCAGCCCUCCUGCCAUCACCAGUGACUGGAAGAGGAAGGUUGCCCAGGAUGCCAUCGAGAGCCUCAGUGCCUCCAAGCUGGCCAAGAGCAUCUGCAGCCAGUUCCGCACCAGGCUCAACAGCUCCCACGAGGCUUUUGCAGCUUCCCUGCGACAGUUGGAAGAUGGCCACUCUGGCAGGCUGGAGAAGACAGAAGACCUGUGGCUGAAGGUGCGGAAGGAUCACGCUCCUCGGCUGGCACGACUCUCCCUGGAGAGCAGAUCCCUCCAGGAUGUGCUGUUGCAUGGCAAACCAAAGCUGGGCCGGGAGCUGGGCCGAGGACAGUAUGGUGUGGUCUAUCUGUGUGACAGCUGGGGAGGCCACUUCCCCUGUGCACUGAAAUCAGUUGUUCCUCCAGAUGAGAAGCACUGGAAUGACCUUGCACUUGAGUUUCACUACAUGAGGUCUCUGCAGACACACGAGAGGCUCGUACAUCUGCAUGGCUCUGUGAUAGAUUAUGGCUAUGGAGGGGGCUCCAGCAUUGCAGUCUUGCUGAUAAUGGAACGGUUGCACAGAGACCUCUACACAGGGCUAAAGGCUGGGCUAGAAUUGGAAACACGACUGCAGAUUGCCCUGGAUGUGGUUGAAGGAAUCCGUUACCUUCACAGCCAGGGACUUGUGCACCGGGAUAUCAAACUUAAAAAUGUCUUGCUUGACAAAAAGAAUCGAGCCAAAAUCACUGACUUGGGGUUCUGCAAACCAGAAGCCAUGAUGUCUGGCAGUAUUGUUGGCACACCCAUUCAUAUGGCUCCUGAGCUGUUCACAGGGAAAUAUGAUAACUCAGUGGAUGUUUAUGCGUUUGGGAUUCUGUUCUGGUACAUUUGCUCAGGACACGUGAAGUUACCAGAGGCUUUUGAGAGAUGUGCAAGCAAAGAUCACCUUUGGAACAAUGUCAGAAGAGGAGUUCGUCCGGAGCGCCUGCCGGUGUUCGAUGAGGAGUGCUGGCAGCUGAUGGAAGCCUGCUGGGAUGGGGACUCCUCCCAGCGCCCUCUCCUGGGCAUCGUUCAGCCCAUGCUGCAGGGGAUCAUGGACAGGCUCUGCAAGUCCAGCUCUGAGCACCCACACAAAGGCUUGGAGGACUCCACCUGAAAAAGAAGCACAGAAAGAAUUUAAGUGUGGGCAUAUUCUGAAACCCCCCAACUCUGCCGUUGGCAUCUUCAGAGGUAGCUCUUUGUGGCUGACAUGAGUGGGACAGGUA